AGUCGACCUGGCGCUGGGCUCUUCUGGUGCGGGCUGCGCCAUGCUGCUGGGCAGCCGUGCCCUUGGCCAGGCCCUGACCCUGGCUCUCAGCAGGGCGCGCUGCCCCGUGCUCCACCGCUUCGCAGGUCCCCGCACCGUUGCGCCCAGACGCCCACUGGCCGGCGCGGCCUCCUCGGAAGACAUCACCUCCGCGCCGCCCCGGGUCCGCCAAAACUUCCACCCCGACUCGGAGGCCGCCCUCAACCACCAGAUCAACCUGGAGCUGUAUGCGUCCCACGUGUACCUGUCCAUGGCCUGCUACUUCUCCCAGCAUGAUGUGGCACUGCACAACUUCGCAGGCUACUUCCGGCGCCAGUCCCUGGAGGAGCGCGUGCAUGCUGAGAUGCUGGCGAGGCUGCAGACCCAGCGCGGUGGCCGCGUGUGCCUGCUGGAGGUGCGCAAGCCUGAGAGUGACGACUGGGGUGGCGGCCUAAAAGCUAUGCAGUGCGCACUUGCGCUGGAGAGGCACGUGAACCAGUCGCUGCUGGACUUGCACACGCUGGCCUCGGACAAGAAGGACCCCCACUUGUGCGACUUUCUGGAAACCCAUUUCCUUAAUGAGCAGGUGAAGUCUAUCAAGGAACUAGGUGACCAUGUGCGCAAUUUAGUCAGCCUGGGGGCCCCAGAUUCUGGCCUAGCAGAGUACCUUUUUGACAAACAUACUCUUGGAAAUGAAAACAAGCAGAAUUAAGUUGCAGGCUGCCAUCCCCACAGCUCAGUGGUCCCGAGAUCCAUAGUGAGGUGUCUCCUGCUUCUUGCCCUUAAGAUUCACCACCGCCUUUACAUUCU